UUUCCUUCUCCUCUCUCUCUGCUUUGUUCAAUUUCUCAUUGUCGAUGAACUUAACCUGUAGUUUGUGGAUUAGGGUUUUGCAUUUUACAAUUUUCAAUUUUUAUUUUAUUUUUUUCCUUUGCUACAGCGGUUGAAGGAUAGAUUAUUAUGGUCACUGAUGUGCAUGAGGAAGUGCAAGAGGAUGAUAAACCUACAUUUGAACCUCGAUCGUCGCAUUGGUUAUGUCAAAUCUUUUUCUCCAUUCAGAGGCGUCAGUUUGAGCAAGUAAAAGAAGCCGUUCCUAUGAUUCUUAAUGUAUUGAAGGCUGUGUCUUUGGAGUCAGAUGAAGCAGACCUUGAGGGUGUAUUUGACAGAGCUGUUCAGAUUGCAAAUUCUAUAUGUGAAGUUUGCAAUAAGAGAGUGUUGCAAAGGAGAAGCUCCGAGAUCUUCUUGGUCUAUAUGUCCUGCAGUGCUUGGUAGAUUUCUCUGUAUUGCAUUAAAAUUUUAUAAUUAUUCUUAUUUGUAAUUCUUUCCCAAAC